AUGGCUUCUAUUCGCAAGAAAUUGAGUAUGGCGCUGGGCAUGAAUGGCAAAGGAUCGCCCUCUACAAGCAAAGCCAAUAGUAUGGACGUGGACAGAGGCUCUAUUGACUCCGGCUAUCACAGCAUGAUCGCUAAGCACAAACGUCAAAGUCAAGGCAGCAUCAUUCAAGGAACCACUUUCAUAACCUCGGGCGCCGAAAGUUCUCCGGAACGUUCUCCAAGAAAGCUGCAUAAAGCCAUCUCAACGACUUUCUCAGGAGCAAUGCAGGCCUUCUCUAACACCGUCCGCUCUACGACCUCGUACAUAUAUCCCACCGCUGGCGAGCCCGAGCUUCCUUCAAGUGAAUGGGCUGAGUGUGAGACACCAAAGAAAGAGAGCCGCCGAUCUUCCAUCAUGUCUUCUGUUCGACGGCGGAAGCAACGAUUCACUCCACGAGCACCAGAUGCCAACAUCGAGUCCCCAGAACUACCGCAAUCACCCGUGCCAGUGACACGGGAGAAGGCACCGGCGCUUCACGUGGAGUUUCCCAACCCUUCUUUCAGUUGUGAGUCCCUGGGGAGUGCCUCAUUAUCCAGAGGAUCACAAUGGCUUGCUGGUUUAAAGCUACCCGCAGGACCAAAACAUCUGUGGCCAGGCCCUACAAGAUUGACCGUUGACCAAGCCUCGGGUAAUGACGGACAGGAAAGUAUGCAUCCUGUGCCCUCGAAUUUCGAUGAUCCAUACGUCGAACAAGGAGAUAGACUUCAGCACGGUCUUUCCUUCAUCACCUCAGCAUCCGAGUCGGCCUGGGAGUCUUCACUUCCAGAAACCAACAAGCGUCCCCCCAGUGAUGACAAAGGGUACUUUUCAGAAGUGGAAAGCAAUGCCGAUGUUUCCGAGUCUGAUGGAUUGGCCCCAGCCUGUCUGAAAUAUGUAAUACCGGGGUCGCCAGAGGCAAGAACCAGCUCACCAUGCUGCCAUAAGGAUCCUGCAGCGCCUCACGUCCAAGUUGCGUCGUCUGCAUCUUCAUGUCGGAGGACCAUCCCGUCUCGGAUGUCUCCUUCAGUGCUAUUAGGGUCGAAGCCUUCGAAGCUGGAGACUUUAGACGGCACUGCCGAACAGACAGCAUCGCCGCACUCCCCAAGCUGGACAUCUAGCCCUCCCUGUGCCGGUUUCGAAGACGGUCUCAAUGCUUUAUUCCCUUCAUACGAGGAUGCGAUGACGCCGGAAUUGAGAUUGCUCUACAAGCGGCUGCAGUCUGAUGCCUAUGACGCUGACGCUGAGUCUUUGGAGUCGAGCAUGGGCUCUCGAGCUGCGUGGAAGCGUCAUCGAGCAGAUCGCGAGAGAAGAUAUAUGGAGAUCAUCGACAUGGCCCCAAACACCGAGUCUGAUGAGGAUUUGGGACCUGAAUUAGAGUUAAAGAGAUCCCCCUCAAAGAAGCCAGUGCACUACGCAGAGGAGUUGGUCCAGGAUACGGUCAGCAUUGGAGGGUCUGAAUCCGUACCAAGAUAUCCAACCGGCGCUCUACGCUACGCUAUUGAGGCUAUCGAAAGGCCAGCUUUUCCUGUUGGUGAUUUGGCCUAUGCGGUGGAGGCAAUCGAAAGGCCGGCUUUCCCUGUUGGCGAUUUGGCCUAUGCGGUGGAGGCAAUCGAAAGGCCAUCCGUUACGACAUUCGAUCCUCUAGAGACGGUGUUCCAACAACGGCCCAUGUUACGUCUGAGUGACACAAUCGACGAGCAAGAAACCUUACAAGUGUCUGACCCUCAGGAUUUGUCGCCAUCGCGCAUGGAGGCCCCUUCGUCGCCACCUACAGACUUGUCUCCCUCGCGAGUGAUGCUCCCACCGUCUCUAGAGUCUUCCCCGGUCGAAAUCCCAGCAGCUCCUAAAUUCACGAUGACGACUAUGACAUUUACAGACGAAGAGCUUCUGACUUUCGGAGCAGGCAACCUUGACGGGCAGCGCGUUCGUCAGUUCUCUUCUGAGUCUACUGAUGUAUCUGCAAACUCCUCGCCCGAGCAACAGUUCCGUAUGGCACCAGAAGAUGCCUAUGAAGCAGGCCUGAAAGCUGGAGGUCUUUUCACUCCGACGUACUUGUCACGAUCCUCGAAGACAAGCCCGGUGAGAGAAGAUGCUUGCGAAGCUGGGCCCAGAGCUGAUGGUAAUAUUAUGCCCACAGGCCCUUCGGAUGUGGUGCAGGCAAGGCCUACGUUCGCAAUGGACAAUUCUUAUGAAGGCGAUCUCAAAGCCACCGCCCCUUUCACUCCGAUCUACAAAGAGACCAGCCAGUGCACUUAUCGUGAGCAGUUGGAGGCUGAAUCUACGUUGCCAAAGCCACGAUCGCGAAACGGUACUCCUUUCGGGCACAGCAGGACGGUAUCAGCUUUUAGCGAUGAUACAGACGAUAACUGUGCGAUCACGACGCACAGUCCAUCGUGCAGUGUUCCACCACCAUUCCCAAGUCUCCAUGUCCGAUCAGAGCCUGCACGUCGCAUUCCAAGUGCCAUUGAUGCAUUAGCCGCACAUGGUGAUGAGCAAAUACGCAUUGCCGGACCCGCAAAUGCUGGUAUCAACCCUUCACUACCGUCACCUUUUGAUGAUCCUGGAGACCAAACCGACGAGGCUAUAUCGAAGCUUUUCUCCCCUAAGACCUCGGAGGGUGCAAAAUCGCCCAAUAGCUAUGCUCAGGUGACGUGGCUAGAGCUGCAUGACCUUCAAAGUCCAUCACCAGAUACAACGAGUAGCAUACAGUCUCCAAGCAACAGCAACACUCCGCAGGAGACGUUCAAUGCGGCCAAACUGCCGAGCUUUGUCUCGCCUUCUCUUAGCGCGUCCAGGAAAGCUCGUCAUAAACAAAAGAAGAGCUCCAGUGGUAUGGGAACCGUUCCAUUGACAGACCUUACAGGGCAUCCCAGAAACAUCAUCUUAGAGCCGGACUUUAGCCCCUAUAACUAUGAGCUCAACAAGCACAGCGCCUUCGGUGAAACGCAAACGUCACUCGGUGAAAGCGCUAGGAUUGCAGGAGGCAGUGUUCAGACGCCUAGCCCUAAUUGCCAACUCGGCAGGAAGAAUCGACGUGGCAGAGGUCAAACAUCGCCUGAAGAGUCUACUGAGAUAGUUGGAGGUAGUUUUAGGUGGUUGGAUCCCAGCUCAAAGUCCAAGGGGAGCAAGAAGAGCCCUGGCGGUACGGGGCAAGUAACUGCAACAUUGCCCAUGACGUCUAGCCCUCCACGAAUGAAGAUCCUUCGAGCCAAAGGUCAAGUGUCAUCUGGUGAAAGCAGUGAGAAUGCAGGAAAUGCUGUCAAGGGCUCGACGUCACGCUUUGAGCCCGAAUUCAGCAUCAAGCAUUUUGAUUCAAUGAGUGAUGUUCCUCCCUUAUAUGCCAAUCGAAAGUCAGGUGGCACCUCGUAUGCCGGUCACGAAUUAGACAGCGUCCUCCAGACAAAUCCCUCUGUGUACUCCCGCCACGAACUGGGCGAAGGCCUUCAGCAGGACUGUGAUGAUAAGGCAGCACACUUUACCCGCGACAAUGAGACCAUUGGCAACGACAGUGAAUCAGGCAAGGAUGCUCCACGUGCUCGAGGUCAGAAAAAGAACGGCAAGCCGCCUCCGGAGGCAGAGAAGAAGCUUGCGGUGCAAAGGGAGCUUGAACGAAAGUCGGAUCGCGCAUGCAGUCGGCUCGUUAGCAAGCUGAAGAGCGGGGCUCUUAGGGAGGAUGAUGUUCCUGAGGACAAUUCAGCUCACGAAGAAGGAAGACCUCCCUGGCGACCUUAA